AUGUGGCUCGAAGACCUGGCUAGCGACUUCGCUGGCCGAAGAUACACCCUUGCAGGCUUUGCCGCGCAGUACCUCGGGGUGGAGAUUCGCCCGGAGGGCCACCUCGGGGAGGUCGUGAUUGAGUUCCGGGGCGGCGCCCACGGUGCCGCCGACCUGGGCUCGCCCCGCGCGCUGGGGGAGGGGAGCACCGGCAAGCGCCUCGCCAGGGCGCCGGAGGUGCCCCUCGCGCCCGUGGUGGAGGCCAUGCGGCGCGCCAAGAAGGACGAGGCGUGCAUCGUGGCCGAGCUGAGGGAGCACCUGCGCCGCUCCGCCUGCCGCGGCGACGCCUCGGCCGUGAACGACCUGCUGGACGCUCUGGCGGGGCGGCUGGACUCGAGCCUUGCGCACAAGGCCGCCUGCGCGCCCUCCGACCCCCCAAUGGGGCUGACGGGCGGCAAGUGCGCCGCACCGGCCGCGGGCCCCGCGCCCGAGGGCGCGGACGGCGCCCCGCUCAUCCUGGACUCGUCCCACAGCCUCGGCAGCAACUCGGGGGAGUACGUUCCGGCGCCAGUCUUCAAGAGGUUCCUCGAGGACACUGUGUCUGGUGCUCCCACCAGCGAGGAGGACCAGCGGGCCAUCGCGGAAGGCAUGUUCAAGUGGGCGCGGGAGAAAGGCUGCACCGACUUUGCCCACUGGUUCUUCCCGUGCCGCGGCGGCAGCGGUGCCGUGGGCGGUGCCGUCGGCGCCCUCAAGAUGGACACCCUGGUCGACCUCGACUUCAAGUCGGGGAGCGCGAUCAAGCCCUUCUUCGCGACGCUCCCGCACGAGCGCCUGUUCCAGGGCGAGACAGACGGCUCCUCGUUCCCCAACGGCGGCCUGCGCGUGACGCACUCCGCCGCCGCCUUCACGGUGUGGGACCGGACGUCGCCCCCGAUCAUUGCGGGCACCACGCUCCGGAUCCCGUGCUCCUUCCUGACGCACCUGGGAAAGGCGAUCGACGACAAGACGCCGCUCCUGCGCUCGCAGGACGCCGUGAGCGCCCAGGGGAUGCGCUUCCUGAAGGCCCUGGGGCUGGCAUCCGAUGCCAAGUGCCUGCGUUCGUACCUCGGGUGGGAGCAGGAGUUCUUCGUCGUCUCCGCCGACCUGUACAAGAAGCGGCCAGACCUCGUCAACACGGGCCGGACGCUGUUCGGCAAGCUGCCCACACGCGGCCAACAGAUGGACCUCAAUUACUUCGCCCCCGUCCCAGAGCUCGUCGACAAGCUCCUGGUGGAGGUGCAGCAGGAGAUGCUGAGGACGGGCACCCCGAUGGCGGUCCGCCACAACGAGGUGGCGCCUGGGCAGCACGAGAUGUCGCCCAUCUUCGGGCUGGCCAACUGGUCCGCCGACAACAACGUGUACUUCAUGGAGGUCUGCAACAGGGUGGCAGCCAAGUACAAUCUGAUGGUGCUGUUCCACGAGAAACCAUUUGCCGGCAUCAACGGCAGCGGCAAGCACGCCAACUGGUCCGUCGGAACCGACACGGGCAUCAAUUUCUUCUACCCGGGCAAGACGGAUGAAGCACGCACCAUCUACACUGCGGCCCUGGCCUGCCUCGCUCAUGGCAUCAUGCAGUACAACGAGGUGCUGCGCUGUGCCGUGGCACACGCAGGCAACGACCACCGCCUCGGAGCCCAGGAGGCGCCCCCGGCCAUCAUCUCGCUCUACCCCGGCACCGGCUUCGAAGCGCACGUGGACGCGGUGAUCGCAGGCGGUCCCCUACACGAGUUCAAGGCUGAGAAGAAACAGCAGUCCACUGGCUGCAAGGCGUCCAUGGCGGUGGAAUCCAACGUCGAGGACCGCAACCGCACGGCGCCCUUCCCCUUCUGCGGCAACCGCUACGAGUUCCGCGCAGUAGGCUCGUCGCAGAACUGCUCUUUCCCGGUGAUGAUCUGCAACACGAUAAUGGCCGCCGGCAUGAGCGCGCUCUCCGAUAAGAUCGAGGGCGGCAUGAAGGCGCGCGAUGCCGUGGCCGAGAUGUACAAGAAGAACCGCAACGUCAUCUUCACAGGCAAUGGCUACUCCGCCGAGUGGCCGGCCGAAGCGGCCAAGCGCGGCCUCCCCAACCUCAAGACGACACCGAUGGCUAUCAAGCAGUGGGCCUCGAACAAGAACAUUGAGCUCUUCGAGAAGCUUGGCGUCUUCUCCAAGGAGGAGACCAAGGCCAGGGCUGAGGUGAUGUACGAGGCCUACAAUACCACUCUCAGCGUCGAGGUCGCCACAAUGGUCGACAUGGUCAAGACUGGAUUCAUGCCGGCUUUUGCACAGGACCUAGCCUUGUACAAGGACGCCCACGACUUGAUGGGCAAUCGUAAGGCGCUGUACGCUUCGGUGAAGACCGAGACCGAAAAGCUUGAGAAGAUGAUGAAGGAGGCUCCUCAUGACAUGGUCGCAGAGGCCGAGUACCUUUGCGACAAAGUUAAGGAGCAGAUGGUCAAGGUGCGCUCUCUGGUCGAUGAGGCCGAGGGCCUUCUGGAUCAGAAGCUCUAUCCGUACCCGACCUACGAGUCCAUGCUCUACCACCACCACCACUGA